GCGGCGGCGGCGGCGGCGGCGCGCUGGAAGCAGCCAUGGCAAAGCAAUACGACUCGGUGGAAUGCCCCUUUUGUGAUGAGGUGACCAAGUAUGAGAAAAUUGCCAAGAUCGGCCAAGGCACCUUCGGGGAGGUGUUUAAGGCCAAGCACCGCGAGACCGGCCAGAAGGUGGCUCUGAAGAAAGUGUUGAUGGAGAACGAAAAGGAGGGGUUCCCCAUUACAGCCUUGAGAGAAAUCAAGAUCCUCCAGCUUCUAAAACAUGAGAAUGUGGUCAACUUGAUUGAGAUCUGUCGAACCAAAGCUUCCCCAUAUAACCGCUGCAAGGGUAGUAUAUAUCUGGUGUUCGACUUCUGUGAGCAUGACCUGGCUGGGCUGCUGAGCAACGUCUUAGUCAAGUUCACGCUGUCUGAGAUCAAGAGGGUGAUGCAAAUGUUGCUCAAUGGCCUCUACUACAUCCACAGAAAUAAGAUCCUACACAGGGACAUGACUGCCAAUGUGCUUAUUACCCGGGAUGGGGUCCUGAAGCUGGCCGACUUCGGGCUGGCCCGGGCCUUCAGCCUGGCCAAGAACAGCCAGCCUAACCGCUAUACCAACCGUGUGGUGACACUGUGGUACCGGCCGCCGGAGCUGUUGCUCGGGGAGCGGGACUACGGCCCGCCCAUUGACCUGUGGGGUGCUGGGUGCAUCAUGGCGGAGAUGUGGACCCGCAGCCCUAUCAUGCAGGGCAACACGGAGCAGCACCAGCUUGCCCUCAUCAGCCAGCUCUGUGGCUCCAUCACCCCUGAGGUGUGGCCAAACGUGGACAAGUACGAGCUGUUUGAGAAACUAGACCUGGUAAAGGGCCAGAAGCGGAAGGUGAAGGACAGGCUAAAGGCCUAUGUGCGCGACCCCUAUGCACUGGACCUCAUCGACAAGCUGCUGGUACUGGACCCUACGCAACGCAUCGACAGCGAUGAUGCCCUCAACCACGAUUUCUUCUGGUCAGACCCCAUGCCCUCGGAUCUCAAGGGCAUGCUGUCCACCCACCUGACGUCCAUGUUUGAGUACCUGGCACCACCACGCCGGAAGGGCAGUCAGAUCACCCAGCAGUCUACCAACCAGAGUCGAAAUCCUGCCACUACCAACCAGACAGAGUUUGAGCGCAUCUUCUGAGGGCCAGUGGCUGCACUCUUCAUUCACUAGGGCUGUUUUAUUGUUUCUUCUGCUGUGACUUGCAUUGUGGAGACAGUGGGGCAUUUGAGUUUUGUUCUCCACAUUAGGCACUGGAAACAACCAGCCAAGAGUACUGGUGUGGAACAUUGGCUGAAAAGGCCAGGAGGGUGCCGGGGCUGCCUUGCCCCUUCCUGGGUUUCUGGACGGUGCCCAGAUAGUCUCCGUUUACCUUAGGACAGAAGUAGGGUGGGAGAGGCUCACCGACCAGUGACUUUCUAAGAACUCCCAACAUGAUGGGAGGAGGGGACAGGUCCCUUGCCAUCCUUAGCCCUUCCCUUGGGGUAAGGAAUUUGCAAGGGGGAAAAGAGCCAGCCUCAGGAAUGAGCUGCUCUUGGCCAAGCCCUUGGGGCAGCAGGGCCAGUGAGAACUUGGUUUCUUCAGUGGGAUAAUUUUAUCGUGUUUCUUUGUUCAGUUCAGAGAUAUUACUAGAUGCAAUUUGAUCAGUUACAAUUAAAAGUUGACUUUUUUUUUUUUUUUUU